AUGCCAGUCAGGUCGCCCUUCGAGUCCUCAAUCGCAAAGCCUGGGCAAGGCAAAGUCGUGCUCUCGCUACUUCCCCCCGCGAAUCCCUCCCUCAGCACUCUGACAUACAAAUACCCACUCAAACUCCUCACGCGCACGCCGGGCUUCGUGCCGCAAUCUGCAUCACCUUCCGCCUCUCAACCCGUCCAUCUAUACCUCCUCACUUACGGUGGCGGCCUCCUGCCAGGCGACCAGAUCGAUGUCUCGAUAACGCUGGAGCCGCGCACCAGGCUCGUCGUCACAACCCCUCAGGGCAGCACAAAGAUAUUCAAAACAGAAACAUCGCCGGGGCGCACUUUAUCAGAUCAAAGCCGUCAGACACUAGACGUGCGCAUCGGCCAAGAAGCAGCGCUAUGCUACCUGCCCGAUCCCUCAGCGCCAUUCAAAGACAGUCGCUACGAACAGAUCCAAACCUUUACCGUUGAUAACAUAGCGAAGGGCUCAUGUAGGAGCAGCCUCUGCGUCCUAGACUGGGUAACGCAAGGUCGCUCCUCACGCGGCGAAAACUGGGACUUCAAUCUCUGGAAGGGGAAGAACGAAAUAUGGCUGCUGGAUGAACCUACGUCCUCUGAAAACAACGAGAAGAAAGAGAAGAAGAAGCUUCUCCUCCGCGACUCAUUGAUCCUCAAUGAUGAAACCUCCGCCAGUCCUCAAGCCGGAAACAAUCCACCCAGAUCUCUAAUUCGCGAACGUACAAGUCCCCAUGGUGUGAUCGGUACCUUGAUCCUUUAUGGCCCUGUCUUUGAAAAACUCUCAUCCUUCUUCGUUGAGAAGUUCACCUCGCUCCCGCGUAUUGGGGCGCGAAACUGGUCGUCUUCUGCCCCUGCCGCUGCGGAGGCUCCGCAGAACUACGACUCCCGGGUGACGUUUACUGCGGCGCAUGUUCGGGCGGGCUGUGUUCUUGUUAAGUUUGGGGCGGCAGAUUUCGAGACGGCGAAGGAUUGGCUGGGCGGUAUUUUGAGAGAGGAGGGGAGCAUAGCCAGGGAGUUUGGUGAGGAGGCGUUGCUCUGCCUAUGA